UUUCCAGACAGCCCAGUCAAUUUUAAUUUUUUAAUUUUAAAUUUUUUUUUUUUUUUUGCACCUCUCAGGAAAUCAUUCACUGGGAGAGCUUGGGUUGUUUGUAAUGACUCUGCUUAUAAUGAAUAUUUAGUUAAGCCUAAUUAAAUAAUCAAUCAGGCGGGCUGCUGUCCCCGCCCUGCCCGGCCACAGAGGGCCAGCAGGCGGCCAGGAACCGCCUUCAAGCCCCGGAGCGUCUGAUCACAUUUCCUUCGCAACAUGUUCCCUCCCGUGUGCGCUUAAGACGCUUCAGCUGUCAUAUCCCCCACGGAGAGUCUCAGAAACCCUCCUCACACUAUAAAAAAAUAUGACGUUACAGGUCGCCGUCCCAGUGCGGAUCACCUUUUCAACUUGAUGGUUAUUACUAUUCCCCUGGACUUCUUGGAGUACGUGUAACUAAGCAUCACAUAAAGUACAACGCAAUGCAUUUGCCUCAUUCAUCUUCCUGAUGAUGCAAGUUGGGUCUAAAAGUCCCAGAUUGAUUUGGAUGAAAUAGCAAGAGAAGCAUGGAGGCAUCAUUGUUUCACUUGAUUGCUGUUUUUGUGGCUGUCCACAUGAUCGACUGCCAAACAGUCUGCAGCAGACAGGCUUCACUUGAGUGGCACCUUAAGAAACGCUCGAUCCAAAUGAAUUGGACUCUCAAAGGAAACAUCUGCAGGAGCGUUUCCGAGUGUUGGAAUUCUCAGGGGAUAGAGGAGUCGAGCGGCCAGCCUUUCAACUUUCCACAGAUAUGCCCGGUUCAGCUGCAACAUGGAGACAAACUGCUGAUGUCUGCUGAUGAAACACUCAAACCUUAUGGCAUCAAACUCCUAAAUGUGUCCAAAGACAACUUUGAAAGCUGCUCCACAAAUGUACAAGAUCAGUUUCUCUUCCCACACAAUAUAAAUGAAAGUGAGCCAGUUGAGGCCAAGUGGCUCGCCCCUGGUCAUCAUUACUUCAUCGCUCUGCAUGAAGGAGACACGCAGCUGUGCAAGCUUGGUUUAAGGCUCAAUGUUUCUGUCAAAACACAACUUUGUCAGGGUUCUCCUUUGCUUCGACUUUGUUCGGGGAAUGGUGCUUGUCAAACGGGUCUCUGGGAAGGUGCAUACCACUGUCAGUGCCACCACCACUACUCCGGGAGGUUUUGUGAAAAGUUUGAUGCCUGUUUGGAUAACCCUUGUGAAAACAAAGGGGUCUGUUUGAGCAAUGGAUCCACAGAUCCAAACUACAGAACAUAUAAAUGCCUGUGUCCUCCACAUUUUACAGGGGUGAACUGCUCUGAAGUCUUUGGGAAAGAAAACUGUGAGAGAAUUUGUGAAAAUGGGACGUGUGUUCAAAUGUCGCCUGCCUCCUUCAAAUGCAUCUGUGACACUGGAUCCUCUGACCCACCUUGUGUGAAGAGGAAAGCCCCCUGUGACCCAAAUCCAUGCAGAAAUGGAGGUGCAUGUGAAGAGAGCCCCCAAGGAUUUGUUUGUCAUUGUCCAGAAACGUUCAGCGGCCUUUACUGCGACUCUCGAGUUGACAUCGAUUGCACGUCCUAUGCGUGUCAGGAGGGACAAAUUUGCACCGCAGGGAAGCAUGCCUCUGAAUGCGUCUGUGCAGAUGGUAAUGUGGUCUCAGCAUGCAGGAGGCAGCAGAACUUGUGCAGCUCAUCGCCGUGUCUGAACAAUGCCACCUGUGUGUCCAGGGGAAAUGAUUACGUCUGCAGCUGUCUGAGAGGGUUUUCUGGGAAGCAUUGCGAAGAAAGAAUUGACUACUGCGGGCUGCUCAGUAUCAACUGCCUAAAUGAGGGAUUGUGCUUGAGUGUAAUUGGCGGAUAUCAGUGUGUUUGUACCCCAGGUUGGACCGGAGAGUUCUGUCAGUAUGUAGGGGAUGCCUGCCUGAUAAAACCAAACAGCUGUUUAAAUGGAGCCACAUGCAUCACAACAAGUCAGCCGUCAUCUCCCCCUCAGUACACCUGCAAAUGUCCCCGCGGCUUCAUAGGAACUAAGUGUGAGACUGAGAUCAAUGAGUGUGACUCCAACCCCUGUCAGCACAACGGCACAUGCUCUGACCUGCUGGGAGACUACGACUGCAAAUGUCCUACAGGUUUUUUGGGAAAAAACUGUGAAGAUGACAUAGAUGCUUGUGCUCUGCCCAACAACAUGUGUCCACCAAAGACUCAGUGCCUGGAUCUCGCUGAUGGCCUUGAAUACACCUGCCAUGUACUCUGUCCUCAGAAUCUUCAACCAUGUGCCAACGGAGGACUCUGUGUGUUGAAUAACGCCAGUAGCUACACCUGCAUCUGUACACCUGGGUGGUCUGGUCAGAACUGCCGUAUAAAUGUCAACGAUUGUAUUCAACAUUGGUGUCAAAAUGGAGCCACUUGUGUGGAUGAGAUUGAUGGUUACAGCUGCCUUUGUCCCAGAGGAUACACGGGUGUCUACUGUGAGGAGGACAUUGAUUACUGUGUUGGCCAUCGCUGCUCUGAACACGGCGUUUGCCUGGACCAGCGGUAUAACUUCACCUGCCGCUGCACGCUUGGAUUUGAAGGGCGGCUCUGUGAAGUGGAAACAAAUGAGUGCAACAGCUUCCCCUGCUCAAAUGGUGCCACCUGUGUGGACCUAAUCAGUGAUUAUCGGUGCCACUGUCCCCCAGGAUUUGAGGGAAGAACCUGCUCUGAGAAUGUAAAUGAUUGUUGGUCGCAGCCUUGUCUAAAUGGAGGCUCGUGUAUGGAUCUGAUAAAUGACUACAUUUGUCACUGUCCUCUUGGAUUCAAGGGGAAAGACUGCUCUGCGGAUGUCGACCUUUGUUCAGUUGGAAUGUGCAGUGAACAUGCACUAAUGUGUGCCGAGACCAAGGAUGGGCAGAAUGUCUCUUGCACAUGUGAAAGAGGGUUUGGAGGGUCAUUUUGCGAAGUAAAUCUCAACGAGUGCGAGUCAAACCCAUGUCAGAACGGUGCUAUUUGUGUGGACGGCACUGACCUGUAUCAGUGCUUGUGCUUACAGGGGUUUGGUGGGUUGAACUGUGAAAUCAACUAUGAUGAAUGUGUCCAAGGAUACUGUGCCAAUAAUUCCACAUGUAUUGACCUGGUUGCAGACUAUGAGUGCGUCUGUCCUUCGGGCUUUGCUGGUAAGAAUUGCUCCGUAUCUGAUUCUCCUUGUGCAUCAGACGUGGAGUUCUGCAAAAACGGAGGAACCUGCCAGUACAACUUAACUGGGGAAAUGCAGUGUAUUUGCCCUCCAGGAUACCAUGGCAGAGACUGCUCCUCGUCUGUGAGCCAAUGCGUGUCGAAUCCUUGCAACCCCGAGGGGUCUCUCCUCUGUGUAGAGCUGGAAAAUACUUUUAAAUGUGUGUGUCAACAUGGCUACACUGGGCCGCGCUGCAGAACACCUAUAAACCGCUGCGUUGAAGGCCUGUGUCAACACGGCUCAGUGUGUGUGGAUCUAUCAGGAGGCUUCAAGUGUGAUUGUUUAGCAGGUUUAACAGGCCAGUUCUGUGAGAUAAACAUUGAUGACUGUGAAGGAGAGCCUUGCGGAGUCCUGAGUAUUUGUAAAGACACUCUGAAUGGCUACAAUUGCUUCUGUGCACCUGGAUUUAUUGGAAAUAACUGUGAGAUUGAAGUGAAUGAAUGUCUCAGCCAGCCUUGUCGAAAUGGAGGCUCCUGCAUAGAUGAGCUUGACUCAUUCAGCUGCCAGUGUCCUCUUGGGAUCACAGGGGACUACUGUGAAGUCAACAUAGACGAGUGCAUAUCGUCUCCCUGCCUGCACAACGCCACGUGUGUGGAUCUUGUUCAUGGCUAUGGAUGUGUCUGCAUGCCUGGUUUUACAGGUACAAAAUGUGAAGUUGACAUUGAUGAGUGUGCUUCAUCUCCCUGCAAGAAUGGAGCCACUUGCAUUGACCAGCCUGGUAAUUACUUCUGCCAGUGUGUGGCUCCGUUUAAAGGUCAUAAUUGCGAGUUCUUACCCUGUGAGGCCAGUAAUCCCUGCGAGAACGAUGCAGUGUGUGUGGAAGAGUUGGAUCAGGACCAUUUUCCUUUGGGUUUCCGCUGUCACUGUCGCCGGGGCUUCACAGGCCCCCGCUGUGAAAUCAAUGUGGAUGAGUGCAGCUCCAGCCCCUGUUUUCACGGCUUCUGCUAUGACGUUGUAGAUGGCUUUUACUGCCUUUGCAGUCCUGGUUAUGCUGGGCUGAGAUGUGAGCAAGACAUCGAUGACUGUGUGAACAGUUUAUGCAGCACCAACUCAGUAUGUAAAGACCUUCAUCUGAGUUAUGAGUGUGUGUGUCAUUCCGGCUGGGAGGGGGAGCACUGCCAACAAGAAAUUGAUGAAUGUUUAUCACAGCCCUGCAAAAACAACGCCACCUGCACAGACCUUCUCAACAGCUACAAGUGUUUGUGCUCACCGGGCUGGACAGGUGUGGACUGUGCAGAGGAUGUGAAUGAGUGUGAUUCUGGGCCCUGUCUAAAUGGAGCUCAGUGUCAGGAGUCAGACGUACCGGGGGAGUUCUCCUGCACCUGUCCCCCCUUCUUCAGUGGCCCCUUGUGCAACCAGCCUUAUGACCCCUGCGACCCCCUCCACAAUCCCUGCCUGCACAACUCCACCUGCCUGACACGCUCCAAUGGAACAGCCUCCUGCAGAUGCCCAGCUGGAUUCGAAGGAAGUUUGUGUGAAAUCGACACCAAUGAGUGUAGUUCAAACCCAUGCCAAAACCAGGGCAGCUGUGUGGACCGGGUCAACAGUUACAGCUGUGACUGUAAGAUGGGAUUUUCCGGCCUUCACUGUGAAGAAGACAUCAAUGAGUGUGCCUCUAGCCCCUGCAACAAUGCUGCUAUUUGUCAAGAUCUUGUGAACAAGUUCCACUGCAUUUGCCCUCCUGGUUAUUUUGGAACGCUGUGUGACCUGGAUGUGAAUGAGUGUGAAGUUUCACCUUGCCUACACGAGGGCAUCUGUAUCAACACGCCCGGGGGCUUCGAGUGUGUCUGUCGCCCUGGAUACUCAGGGCCACGGUGUGAAGUUAACAUUGACGAGUGCUCUUCCAACCCAUGUCAAAAUAGUGGAGGUUGUAUUGAUGCGCCUAAUCGAUUCCACUGUUUGUGUCCUGAUGGCUUCGCUGGGCUCCACUGUGAGACCAACAUUGAUGAAUGCAUGUCAGCACCUUGUCUUCAUGGGAGCUGUAACGAUGGAAUACAUUCAUACACCUGUGUCUGUGAAUCUGGAUGGACUGGCAGCAGAUGUGAAACAAACAUUGACGACUGUGCUUUCAGUCCCUGUCUGAAUGGAGGAUCAUGUGUGGAUCUUAUCGAUAAAUACGCAUGCUUCUGUCAAGAGGGUUACACAGGGAAAACUUGUGAGAUUGACGUAGAUGUCUGCAAAGGCAACGAUGUGUUUAAUGUCUCACUGUGCUUCAAUGGAGCCACAUGCUUUGAUGGUGAAGGGUCAAACUUUACAUGCAGCUGUCCACCAGGUUUCAUGGGGGAUUUCUGUGAAGUGGAUGCUAACGAAUGUUGCUCAGCUCCCUGCCACAACGGUGCCGUUUGCCAAGAUCUUAUUAAUAGCUACGUCUGCCACUGCAGGUCAGGUUGGACAGGCCUUCACUGUGAGGAUGACAUUAAUGAGUGCCUUCCACAGCCCUGCAACCAGGGGAUAUGCAUUCAGAAUGAUCCAGGCUACGGCUACACCUGUUUCUGUCGUCCUGGAUUUGUGGGGAGGAACUGUGAGCACAACUAUGAUGAUUGCCUGCUGAAUCCAUGUCCAGAAGCAUUUUCCUGUGUGGAUGGCAUCAACAAGGUCAGCUGCCUCCCUCCUGUUACGGAUUCUGUUCCCUUGGCGACUGCAGUCAAGAACAUCACUCGCGGCUCCGCACCCAGAGUGCUGACGCCAACUCUCAGCCCCGAACCAACAGCUGGGCGAUCCACAGAUUCAAGCUACCUUCAUUACUUUGGGAAUUCAUAUCUGGAGUUUCGGGGUAUUGACCUCAGUACACUCAACAACAUUACUGUGAGAUUUCAAACCACAGUGGCUGAAGGAACUUUACUGUAUGUGGACCAAGGACCUGCUAAUGGUGAUUUCUUUUUCAUGAAACUCUUCAUCCUGGAUGGAAUCUUGCAGUAUGCCUUUUGCUGUAAUGAAGAGGAAGACGUUACCAGGAUGACCACAUUAAUUCAUGUUGAUGAUGGUGCAGUUUACCUUGUAAAUAUCAGACAACGUGUGACCCCUUGUGAAGCGGAGCUGACUCUAUCUGGUCAUGAGAAAAUUAAAAGCACAGCCAGUAAUUACUGGUUGGGACACAUGAUACAAAGAACAAACCACAUCUUCACAGGUGGUUUGCCGCUGCACUAUUUUCCCAAUCAGAGAGCAAAACCGUUCCACAACUACACUGGCUGCAUUGAAAUCAUUGAAAUUAAUAACCUGAGGAGCUUCUACACGUCUGAUGCCAUCGCCGGCAGCAACAUAGACCAAUGCAGAUAUACUUUGUAUGCCAUCGAAGCUCCAACAAGUUCCCCAAGUUUGACAACUCAAUCAGCUACCUCUGACACAGCGAACACAACAACACUGGCAGCUCCCACACAAACACCAAAACAUCCUCUGCAUGAACCUCAAGUUUGCCGUGACGAUCUUUGCCGCAACGGAGGAACAUGUCAUCAGCUGCAGCUGCCUGAAGGAGCUCUGCCUUCCUGUCACUGUCCGCUUCAUUUUACCGGAACUUUUUGUGAGAAAGAUACCACAGUGUACAUCCCUUUGUUCGAUGGCACGUCUUAUUUGGAGCUGCAGCCGCUUGCGUUCCUUCUUCAGCCUUCUGGUGACAGCAAUAAUCGACCUGCUACAGUCAAGGACACCACUGUUUUUCUCUAUUUGACAGUGAAAACAAGAUCUACACAGGGCACCAUACUCUACACUCAAGAACAGAACUUUGGGGAUCAGUUCCUUCAUGUGUUCCUUCAAGAUGGAUGCCCUGUUGCAAAACUGGGCUGUGGUGGCAGUCGUGUUUUGAAUGCAGCUACAAACCAGAACAUCAAUAACAACAGAUGGACACCAAUCACAAUCCGAUACAAUCUGCCUGUUGGCAAACAAGGAGGGUCAUGUAUGAUUGAAGUAGCUGCAGAUAAUGGCACAGCUCAGCAUCUCGAGGACUUGGUGUCACACCCCGUGUUAGAGGGAACCUUUGGACCCGUAUUUCUUGGGGAUGUUUCGUCCCACUGGGAGAUGCAUGACGGGAGUGCAAAAGGAGAGAGGAGAUUCAUUGGCUGUAUCAGGGAACUUCAGGUCAACUCAAAGGAGAUUUACCUGGUGGGUGAGGCGGUGAGAGGGAGAAACAUCAAGAACUGUGACCCACCUGUCUGCCAGCACCUUCCCUGCCGUAAUGGAGGAACUUGUGUCAGUGAUGCUGAGGACUGGUUCUGCGAGUGCCCUCCGCUGUACACGGGCCGGCUUUGCCAGCUCACCGCCUGCGAGCGCAACCCCUGCAGUCACGGAGCCACCUGCAUCCCAAAGUCGCCGCUGGAGGCUGUUUGUCUCUGCCCCUACGGAAGACAGGGUCUGCUGUGUGACCAGCCCAUUAAUAUAACUCGAGCCAGAUUCAGUGGAAGUGAUGAAUUUGGUUACACCUCCUUUGUGGCUUACUCCUCCAUCCCGAGCCUCGGUUUCUUCUACGAGUUCAAAUUGAAGUUCACGCUCACAAACACUUCAUCUGCUGCUAAAGACAACCUGAUGCUGUUUGCCGGGCAUAAAAGACAAGGCAAUGACGGUGAUGACUUCCUGGUUUUGGGAUUGCGAAGGGGGAGAGUUGUACAUAAAUUCAACCUUGGAUCAGGGAUAGCAACAAUAGUUAGUGAUCGACUCAACCAGCAGAUCAACAUCCACACAGUCACAUUCGGAAGGUACAAGAAAACAGGAUGGCUGAAGGUUGAUGGACAACGUAACAGGACCGGAUUGUCUCCGGGACCUCUGAUGGGCCUCAAUGUUUUCAACCAGCUCUUUGUAGGUGGAUAUAAUGAGUACAGCCCUGAACUGCUGCCACUCGGCUCCAGGUUCCGUCAUGGCUUUCAGGGGUGCAUUUUUGAUGUGCAGUUUCGCACAAGAAGAGACAGAAAGUUCCAAAUACUAGGACAGCCUGCUGGUCAUCCAGUGUUCGGGCGCAGCGUGGGUCAAUGUGGAGUCUCUCCCUGUGUUCAUGUUCAAUGCAAGAAUGGAGGAACAUGCGUGGACUCCGGCUCAUCUGUGUAUUGCCAGUGCCCAUUUGGAUGGAAGGGAGCGCUCUGUUCUGAGACUGUGUCUGUGUGUGAUGUCGAGCACAGCCCCCCUCCUCUGUGCGCCCACGGCUCCACCUGCAUCCCCCUGCCCAAUGGAUAUACCUGCCAGUGCCCCCUGGGGACUGCAGGAGUCUACUGCGAGAAAGCUGUGGCCAUCAGCGAUCCAUUCUUCAGCACCAAUCAGUCCUCAUGGAUGUCAUUCCCACCUAUGAGUAUCAGACACAGGACUGUUGUGCAGCUGCAGUUCCAGCCUUUAUCACCUGAUGGCAUCCUUGUCUACGCUGCACAGCAUCUCAGUGCCAGAGCUGGAGAUUUCUUCUGCCUCUCCUUGACAUCUGGGUUUGUUCACUUGCGCUACAAUCUCGGGGAUGGCACCCACAUCCUGCAGUCUAUUGAGAAAGUGGAUUUGCGUGGCAGCACCUGGCACACCGUGAAGGCUGGUCGAACUGGUCACCAAGGUUUCCUGAGUCUGGAUAACAAGGAGGUUAGAGAGAACGCGACCGAAGGGAUGACCACCCUUGAUGUGGCUACAGACAUCUUUGUCGGAGGUGUAUCCACUCUGAGCUUCGUCUCUACAGACGCAACUGAAGGGGAGCCAAUGAGCUUCACUGGUGGCCUGAGAGAACUCAUACUGAAUGGUGAAGAGUUAGAGUUGACAGAGAUGGGAGCUGUAAGUGGAGCAAACGUAGGAGACUGGGAUGGAACCGCCUGUGGGUACAAGGUCUGCCAAAAUGGAGGUCGCUGCAGGCCAACAGGAAGUGACUCAUUUACAUGUAUAUGCCCACCAUUAUGGACUGGCUCUGUGUGCAAUCAGUCUAUAAACUGUGUCAAUAACAAUUGCAGGCAUGGUUCUCUAUGCGCUCCAUCUAAUAUCACCUCAUACAGCUGCAUGUGCCCCAUAGGAUGGGGAGGGAUGUACUGUGAUAAACAAAUACCCACAGACAUUUUGGGGUUUGUUGGAAACUCUUAUGUUAAAUACUUGGACCCGAGAUACAACACGAGAAAUUUAAAACACACUCAGGUUUCUUUUAGCUUCCGCACCAACUCAAAUGACAGUUUGAUCAUGUGGAUGGGAAAAGCCGAACACGAAGACGACGACUACCUCGCAGUGGGACUUGAGAGAAGCCAUCUCAAAAUUGCAGUCAAUCUUGGAGAAAGACUUUCUCUCCCUUUAACUGUGAGAAAUCUCACUCUCUGCUGCAAUAAGUGGCAUAAUGUCUCCAUAUCUUUAAACAGCACAGUGGUUCAGGCAUUCCUGAACAGUAAGAGGAUCCUUUUUGAAGAUGUGGAUCCAUUUGAGCGAUAUGUAGCCUUAAACUAUGGGGGGCAGUUUUACUUUGGAGGGUUGGAAUUAUAUAGAAAUGUAUCAGUCGUGACCUCUGGAUUGUUUUCAAAGAGCUUUGAAGGAAGUCUUAGGAAUGUCUGUGUGUUUGGUGAUACAAAGCCAGUGCAGUUUCUUGAAAAUAGCGAGGGUUUUAAUAUUUACGAAGGCGAUGGAUGAUGAUGAAACUGUAACCGUUGGCCUCUAGAAAAGCUUCCCCUUGUGACUUGACCUCAAAGUUGAUACUAGUUGUGUUUUUUGAUGUUCUACUACAAACUAGUUUAAGUGCAUUUGUGUAUUGACUGACAGUAUUUGGGUUCCUUUUUGAAACUUUAUGCUAAAUAUUUUUUUCCUAUUUGUUUUCAUUACAUUUUUUUAAAGAUGACAGCAUUUUUUUUGUGAUACACUGUCUCAUUCUGAUUCAGGUGCAUGAAACAAAACUAAAUCGAAUUAAAACAAUACUUGCAAAUGUAAAAGGGCAGAUUUCAAAAACAUGACAUAAUUUCAAGUUUGUCUCUAAUUCCUGGGCAGACUCUGCUGCUCUUAUUUUACCAGUUGUAGGUUUUAUUUUUGAUUAAAUUACAAUGAAACAUGAGGCUUUUUUAUAAUCAACAAUAAAAAAAAGGAUUAGCUUUAUUACGAACUGUACAUAAACACACAGUGCAAAGGCGCACUUCACCUCUAAUGUAUAUUACAAGCCAAAAUGUACAUACUUUCUCAAUAGAAAGUAAGUUUAUAAAAUAUUUAAGCAAUUAAAAAGAAAUUAAAUUGAAAAAAGGACAAAAAUUGAUUAGAUCUCUGCCCUCAGUUAAAUAUUUUCUGUUACAUUCAGGCCAAACAUUGAACUUAAAUCUUUCAAGAAAUGGUCGACAUCUGUGUUGUAUGUUACCUUGACAGUGACAACGUUAACUGAUGAUUUGUGGUCAGUACAGCAGGUCAAUAUAAACAAGCUAUAUACAAUAAAAGGUUAAAACAUUGAAAAUGUUUCAAUAUUGUGUUCUUCUUGGUCUGAAGAGCACUUAUCUGUGAUAAUAUUUAUAAUCCAAAUGAAAUUAUAUCGCAUCUUGGCUGUACAGUCGAUAACAUUAACUGGAAUUUCUAUGAAAGACGUGGCAUACAGAUGCAGACUGGUGUAUAAAAUAACAAAUAACUCCACCAGCUGCCAAUAUAGCCAAAGUGUUGUUUUUACCAGCUAUGUGACCGACAAGCUAAAAAUCUUUUGUCUUUCAUACAGCCCCCCAGCACUCACUGGCAGGGCUUUAAAAAGAAAAAGAGCCGCAACAUAAUUAUGAAUAACUGUCUUUUGAACUUCUCCGUCCAUUCUCAUAAUCAGAGUCCCGUCUAUGUCUGUGUUUGUCCUUGUGACGGCUACUGUAGUCAUCACUGUGGUGCCUCUCUUUCCUCUUCUCACCGUAACGGUCGUCUGAGUGUCCGUGGUGCCUGCUCUUCUCCCUGUACUUGUCGUCAUGGCUGCGAUCGUGCUUUUUCUCCCGCUCCCGGUCGUGGUGUCGGCUCUUUUUCCCAUGAUGAGAGUCCCUGUGGUAGCUGUGCCUCCCGUGGUGAUCUCUCUCUUCUGUGCUUCGCGCCUUCUCCCACGGUUCACUGUACCGCUCUUCUGGACGCUUGCAGUCUUUGGCCGAUGAUGGGGGUCGGCCAGAUGGG